GCACCCAGCGCACAGGCCUGGAGCCGCGGUGCUGGCGGAUUCCCGGCGCUGCAGAACACCGUGCUGCCAGCAGGAGCGCCCCGGGCUGGUGGGAGAACGCCGGGGGAGCCCGCGCUGCCCCGUGCGAGCCUGAUGACACCUGCUUUGUGUACUCCAGGCAACUGAGGGACCUAGAGAGCUCAGCUGGCAGUCUAAAAGCUGCCGGCGGUAACGGAACCAGAGAAAGCUAGAACAUCUCAUUUCUCCGCGGGACUGAGAUCUUGCUCCUCCAAAUUGCAGGGAGUCCAAGUAGAGGUCACAAGGGGCAAGCAAGGUAGUCCAAGAAUGGCUGAGGUCUGGCAAGGUGGUGGUCAUCCUCUCUGAGCCCUGGAAAAUCUCCUUGACAUUUUUCACACUUUGAAGCAGCUGCAGCUGGUGUCGUCGGAAAAGGGGGUGGGAGGAAAAAGAGGGGGCGGGGAGAGUGGGGAGUCACAGGCGCGAGCCAGGAGCAGCGCCUCGUCUGCCAAUCCUGGCACCUGUGCGCCAAGACGCGGCACCACGGAGGACCCCGCUCCGGGCCAACCCUGGGCUCCAAGCCACGGCCACCCAGCCUCUGGGCAAGCGCGACCUGCAGCCGCCCACCCAAGACCCCCGCUGCCACCCGCAACUGCGGGAGCGCAGGAGCCCAGCCAGUGCUUGCUGCGCCCCGGGCCAAGGGGUCCCUCGCCCCUUCAGAGGCGUCGCGGCCAGCCGGGGCAGCAGCCGAGUUGGGUACACGAUUCGCCCGCGCUGCCGUUCUCUUCUCCACCCAGGAUUUAUUGUCUGUGGAGCCUUCUGGGGGCGGGGAGGGAGCUGCGCCUCCGCCGCCGCCGCCGCCGCCGCCGCCACUGCUGCUGCUACGGUCGCUAGCGCGGCGCUCUGGGCGGGCGGAGGCCGGGGACUGGCCGCAGUGGUGCUCCGGGCGGGCUCCCGGCUCCCCAGGGGCGCCUCUCCUCUCCUGCACCUGAAGGGCAGUGGCACCAUGGUCUGACACCGCAUCUGCCUGGAGUCCCCUCUGCCUUUGCUUCGGAGGACUCCCCUACUGGCUUCACUGCGGACCCCAGAGCACUUUAAGGAGUAACCCUCAGCAGCUGCAAGGCCUUCGCUCCUUGGACCCUCAUGGGUAGUUUCUGCUUCCGGCGAUGAUGGAGAGCCUAAUACGGGGAAGGAAUCCCCCACAAUAUCAGAGAAGUCCUUGUAAGGAGGCUCGUGCAGCACUUCGGAAGAGGCCUGAAGAGGAGUGAGCCCGCUACAUGAAAAGAAUGCAAGUCAAAGUGCCCACAGCCUAGAAGUCUUCAGAGACAGGAGUGACUAGCAAUGCAGUGCUUGGAGAUGACCACCAAACGGAAGCUCAUUGGCCGCCUGGUGCCAUGCCGCUGCUUCCGUGGAGAGGAAGAAAUCAUCUCAGUGUUGGAUUACUCCCACUGCAGCCUGCAACAGGUGCCCAAGGAGGUCUUCAACUUCGAACGCACACUAGAAGAGCUCUAUCUGGAUGCCAAUCAGAUUGAGGAGCUGCCUAAGCAAUUGUUCAACUGUCAAGCUCUACGGAAACUAAGCAUUCCUGAUAAUGACCUCUCAAGUCUGCCAACCUCCAUUGCUAGCCUAGUUAACCUGAAAGAACUCGACAUCAGUAAAAACGGUGUACAAGAAUUUCCAGAAAACAUAAAGUGCUGUAAGUGUUUAACCAUAAUUGAAGCCAGUGUCAAUCCCAUUUCUAAACUACCCGAUGGCUUCACGCAGCUUCUUAACCUGACCCAGCUCUACCUGAAUGACGCAUUCCUCGAAUUUCUUCCAGCUAAUUUUGGAAGACUUGUCAAAUUGCGAAUACUGGAGUUAAGAGAAAAUCACUUGAAAACUCUACCAAAGUCAAUGCACAAGUUAGCCCAGCUGGAAAGACUUGACCUAGGCAAUAAUGAAUUCAGCGAGCUGCCUGAAGUUCUGGAUCAAAUACAGAAUUUGAGGGAGCUGUGGAUGGAUAACAAUGCAUUGCAAGUGCUGCCUGGGUCUAUAGGGAAGUUAAAGAUGUUGGUAUACCUGGAUAUGUCAAAAAACAGGAUAGAAACGGUUGACAUGGAUAUUUCUGGAUGUGAAGCCCUCGAGGACCUCUUACUAUCAUCCAAUAUGUUGCAACAGCUGCCUGACUCAAUAGGAUUGCUGAAAAAGUUAACAACUCUAAAAGUAGAUGACAAUCAACUUACAAUGCUACCCAACACAAUUGGAAACUUAUCUUUAUUAGAAGAAUUUGACUGCAGCUGCAACGAGCUGGAGUCCCUCCCUCCCACCAUUGGUUACCUGCACAGCCUUCGAACAUUAGCGGUCGAUGAGAAUUUCCUCCCAGAGUUGCCAAGAGAAAUUGGAAGCUGUAAGAAUGUCACCGUUAUGUCUCUACGCUCCAAUAAGCUAGAAUUUCUUCCUGAAGAAAUUGGGCAGAUGCAGAGACUGCGUGUCUUAAAUCUAAGUGAUAAUAGGUUGAAGAAUUUGCCAUUCUCUUUCACCAAACUCAAAGAGCUUGCAGCAUUGUGGCUUUCUGACAAUCAGUCCAAGGCCCUUAUCCCUCUGCAAACAGAAGCCCAUCCAGAAACCAAGCAAAGGGUACUGACCAACUACAUGUUUCCCCAGCAGCCCCGUGGUGAUGAAGAUUUCCAGUCAGACAGCGACAGCUUCAACCCCACCCUGUGGGAGGAGCAGAGACAACAGCGCAUGACUGUUGCCUUUGAAUUUGAGGAUAAAAAAGAAGAUGACGAAAGUGCUGGGAAAGUUAAGGCUCUCUCCUGCCAAGCCCCCUGGGACAGGGGCCAGCGUGGGAUUACUCUCCAACCUGCCAGGCUGUCUGGCGAUUGCUGCACACCAUGGGCCAGGUGUGAUCAGCAGAUCCAAGAUAUGCCCGUCCCCCAGAGUGACCCCCAGCUGGCAUGGGGUUGUAUAAGUGGCCUCCAGCAGGAGAGGAGCAUGUGUGCUCCAUUGCCAGUGGCAGCACAGUCCACCACUCUUCCCUCUCUAAGUGGCAGACAGGUUGAAAUAAACCUAAAACGAUAUCCAACUCCUUACCCGGAGGAUUUAAAGAAUAUGGUAAAAUCUGUUCAAAAUCUGGUGGGUAAGCCAAGCCAUGGAGUGCGUGUUGAGAACUCAAAUCCAACAGCUAACACGGAGCAAACUGUGAAAGAAAAGUUUGAACACAAGUGGCCGGUGGCCCCAAAGGAGAUUACAGUGGAGGAUUCUUUUGUUCAUCCAGCUAAUGAAAUGAGGAUUGGGGAACUUCACCCUUCAUUAGCUGAGACCCCUCUGUACCCACCCAAACUUGUUCUGCUAGGGAAGGACAAAAAAGAAUCAACUGAUGAGUCUGAAGUUGACAAAACUCACUGUCUGAAUAACAGUGUCUCCUCAGGCACCUACUCAGACUACUCGCCCUCCCAAGCUUCCUCGGCAUCCUCUAACACCCGGAUGAAAGUGGGGUCCUUGCAGGCAACAGCUAAAGAUGCCGUCCAUAACUCUUUGUGGGGUAACAGGAUUGCACCACCUUUCCCACAGCCUCUAGAUGCAAAGCCAUUACUCAGCCAACGGGAGGCUGUCCCUCCAGGGAACAUCCCCCAGCGUCCUGAUAGGCUGCCAAUGAGUGAUGCUUUCCCUGACAACUGGACUGAUGGCUCCCAUUACGACAACACUGGUUUUGUCUCCGAGGAAGCCGCAGGCGAGAAUGCCAACAAUAACCCUCUCUUAAGUUCCAAGGCUAGAAGCGUACCUGCUCAUGGGCGCAGGCCUUUAAUUAGGCAAGAAAGGAUUGUCGGUGUUCCCCUGGAAUUGGAGCAGUCCACACACAGACACACACCAGAAACAGAAGUGCCUCCUUCCAAUCCCUGGCAGAAUUGGACCAGAACUCCCAGUCCAUUUGAAGAUAGGACUGCUUUUCCUUCCAAAUUAGAAACGACCCCUACUACCAGUCCCUUGCCUGAAAGAAAAGACCACAUGAAGGAGCCUACAGAGACACCGGGUCCCUUUUCUCCGGGAGUGCCAUGGGAAUACCACGACCCCACCCCUAACAGGAGUCUCGGUAAUGUCUUUUCUCAAAUCCACUGCCGCCCAGAUUCGUCUAAAGGGGUUAUCGCAAUUAGCAAAAGCACAGAGAGGCUUUCCCCGCUCAUGAAAGAUAUAAAGUCCAACAAGUUCAAAAAGUCCCAGAGUAUUGACGAGAUUGACGUCGGUACCUACAAGGUCUAUAACAUUCCACUAGAAAACUAUGCCUCUGGGAGCGAUCACUUAGGAAGCCAUGAGCGGCCAGACAAGUUCUUGGGACCAGAGCAUGGCAUGUCCAGUAUGUCCAGGAGCCAGUCGGUACCCAUGUUGGAUGACGAGAUGCUCAUGUAUGGAAGUAGUAAAGGCCCACCCCAACAAAAAGCAUCUAUGACUAAGAAGGUCUAUCAGUUUGACCAAAGCUUCAACCCACAAGGAGCGGUGGAAGUAAAAGCAGAGAAGAGGAUUCCACCCCCUUUUGCACACAAUUCUGAGUAUGUACAGCAGACCAGUAAAAAUAUCGCCAAGGAUCUGGUCAGCCCCAGAGCCUACAGAGGAUACCCACCCAUGGAACAGAUGUUCUCCUUUUCCCAGCCAUCUGUAAAUGAGGAUGCCAUGGUGAAUGCUCAGUUCGCCAGCCAGGGGCCCAGGGCAGGCUUCCUAAGGAGGGCUGACUCCCUGGCCAGCUCCACCGAGAUGGCCAUGUUCAGAAGGGUCAGUGAGCCCCACGAGCUGCCCCCUGGUGACAGGUAUGGCCGAGCAACCUAUAGGGGUGGGCUGGAAGGCCAGAGCAGCGUUUCAAUGACUGAUCCCCAAUUCCUCAAGAGGAAUGGCAGGUACGAAGAUGAGCACCCUUCAUAUCAAGAAGUGAAAGCGCAAGCGGGAAGUUUUCCUGCUAAAAACCUUACCCAGAGAAGGCCGCUGUCUGCCAGGAGCUACAGCACAGAGAGUUAUGGGGCCUCCCAAACCAGGCCAGUUUCAGCUAGGCCUACCAUGGCAGCCCUCCUGGAAAAAAUACCAUCUGACUAUAACUUGGGUAACUAUGGUGACAAGACAUCAGAUAACAGUGAUAUAAAGACAAGGCCCACCCCUGUGAAGGGAGAGGAGAGCUGUGGCAAAAUGCCGGCAGACUGGAGACAGCAGCUGCUUAGACAUAUAGAAGCUAGAAGGUUAGACAGGGCAGGCAGCCACAUUCAGACCCUGAUGGGGUCACAGAGCCUUCAGCACCGCAGCCGGGAGCAGCAGCCAUAUGAAGGGAACAUCAACAAAGUGACCAUUCAGCAGUUCCAAUCGCCAUUGCCCAUCCAGAUCCCCUCAUCACAGGCUACCCGGGGACCUCAGCCUGGACGGUGCUUAAUUCAAACGAAAGGGCAGAGGAGUAUGGACGGUUAUCCCGAGCAGUUCUGUGUGAGAAUAGAAAAGAAUCCUGGACUUGGAUUUAGUAUCAGCGGUGGAAUUAGUGGGCAAGGAAAUCCUUUCAAACCUUCUGACAAGGGUUCAGCCUGAUGGACCAGCAUCCAACCUACUACAGCCCGGGGAUAAAAUCCUUCAGGCAAAUGGACACAGUUUUGUGCAUAUGGAACAUGAAAAGGCUGUUUUACUACUGAAGAGCUUCCAGAACACAGUAGACCUAGUUAUUCAACGUGAGCUCACUGUCUAAAUGUUUUUAUAAAUAGUGAAGAUAUGUCAGGCCAGAGCUAAUGUUUAAAAAUAAAUUUAUACAUAGAAACAAAUUUUGCCAGUUGCUGGACCAAUGGCAAACAUCAGUGCCAGGUGUAUAAUAGUGUAUGUUAGCCUUCCACCCUGAAAAAUGUUACUUAUAAACAUGGCGUUUGCGCGCAGUUCUGUAUCAGUUCCAGCGGCAGCCUCUGGCUGUGCAUUGGUGCAGUUUUAUUUCUGUUUUUGUUUUUUAAUCAAAUAAGUUGUCUUCUCAAAGUGGAUUUCCUAUAAUUUCGGAGCACGGAAGCACACACAAGCUCUUUACAAAUUCUGCUCUCCAUCAGAAAUACUGCCUCAAAAAUUGUAUAUAAAGAGUUGUAAUCCCCAUAAAGUAUUUCUAGCACAAGGUAUAUGUUGGCAUAUAUACAAAAAAGAAUAUAGAAAAACGAUAUUUUCGUAAACAUCUUGGAUUGAGAAAGAAAAUAUAUCUUAAAAUAAGACUUUACUAUAUUGAAUCUUUUUCAAUAAAAAUUACAUGAUUACGCCUUAUGGAAGCAACUGUACAUAAAGUAUAAAGUAUUUAUAUUUGGUUCCAUAGCCAUUUGCUAAAUUCUCAUAGUAGAGUGAAAUGAUUCAUAAAUUAUCCAUUAAUCUCUGGGACCUGAGUAAAAAAAAAAAACCGGAGAAGGUAAAUCUGUUCAAUGCCUUUAGCUAAUUAAGAGGACACAAGCUGACUUCAGAGACAGACCACAGGUGGCUGCGAGUCAGUCUCUUCAUCAAAACCACAUGCAGUGAGCGAUGGGUGGCGGGAAAGGCUUAAUGCUUUAAUGUUCUGUUUCCUCGGGUUAUGUUGGCUAUAAACUGUGGCCCCUGUGAUUCCUUUACUGUAAAUGUGGAACUUAUCUGUGUGCUGACUUAAUUAAUUUGUUACCUUUAAAUCAUUUUAAAUGAAUUUUGGGAAUUGAUAACAUUUAUUAUAGAGAAAGAUUUGUUGGAACGCUAUAGUGGUUUCAAAACUUUGGUAUUGAAAUAUGAAACUUCAGAUAUAAUUUCUCAGAGCUGUGGUCUACUGAUAUCAUUAAAUUCCUGUUGGUUUUUUUUUUUUGUGGACAGAAAUAGACAAAAUGUUUUUUCUCCAAAUAAAAAGUUUUAAGGAACAUAACCAUGAAUUCAAUCAUACUAGAGAGUGAAAACAGCCUAGUUAAUGCACUUUUACAAUCUGUUUUCCUUUGAAAAAAUUCAAAAUUUGUUUUACAAUCCUUUAAAAUAUUUCUUUUUAUAUUAGUCAUCAAUUUGAUUAAAAUAUUAAUUUGAAAUUUUAGAUCAACUUUCCAUAAUUGGUUGUAUAAACUCCCUCAUAUACCUACAUCACUUUUUAUACAAUAAAUUUAUUUCAUAUAGUAGUGUUUAAAUAUUCUAUAGAAUUUUACAAUAAAAUCACAUGUGGAUGUCACCAGAGCUCUGAGGAUAAUAUUUGUAAGUUUGUUUUAUGAGGACAUUGAAAAUACUGUAUUUUUGUAGGAUCUAUUAAAAUGAGUGCCACUUAUUAGAAGUACAGUGGUUUUUUUGGCAUAGACUUUGUCGGAGAAAAAUGUUACUUCAUUUACCAAGCAGUGCACUAGCUCUGGUCUUGAUUUAUGCCAGGGUGACACAAUACCGUAGUCUUAUAGACUUGGACAAUUAGCUGCUGAUUCUAGAUUGACCUUUUUACACAGAAGCGGCCAUCAUGUGUAUUUUAAUAUAUUGAGAGCAUUUAAUGAGAAGUGUUUUUCAAAGCCUAAUUUUCUGUGUCAAAAACUCACAGCACAUCACCAUAACAGAUGUUCUGGGCUCAACCUUAGUUAAGAGAAGCAAGACAAGCUCAGAACAGUGUGGUAGCUUGCAACACUCAGAAAGCAGCCAUCAAGGCUACACAGCCUUCUACAAGAGAGGCAGGAGGCAGCCAGAUGGAGGGCUCCCCAGGAAAUUUCUUGUGUCAGAGCAUCAAAUGCUCCUGAGGCCUUCAGCUGAGAGGAUGAAGCUCCCUCCUUGAUAGAUUGCAUUGCAUGAGGCCUUGCUUUGACACUUCCUUCUCUGAGGUCCAGCCAUGAAGAAAGGAAAAAGAGGGCUUGCUGUCCUCUUGGGAAAGUGUGGAUAUAGUCAAUGCUACACACUGAUAGGUAGAUAGAUGGUCACACAGAGGGACAUUUUCUGUUUUAGGUUAACUCAAUGGAAUCACUAAUCAGUUGUUGGGGGCUUCUCGUUGAUUUUAAAGGCUACCCGAGCCAAUAAUUUGUUGAUCUAGAGAUAUUUGACAUUUUGUUUUUGAGUAACUAAUUUGCUGCCUGAAACUAAAAUCCAGUUCAUGUUAACAUCAAACAUAGAAGUCAAGAGUAUGCUGUAAAAAGGAAAGAAAGAAAAAGAAAAGUCAACAAAGAAGUCCCCAAUGGCAUCAUAAAAUUUCUACCUCUUGAUAGGUCCUCGAUCUUCCUGCUAAGGAAGCUGCUUAUAGACAUGGAUCAAUAGGGCAAUAUGGAGUAGGUUGGAGACAUUAAGUGGUAGAAAGAACAAAUACUGACAAUUAGUAGUCAACAUCUGUGGGGGUUGCAAGAUAGAUAGUCAUAAAGGGGCAUUUUUUUAAAAUGAGUAACAAGGCAGACAGUAUUUUGUCAUAAACACUUUGCUUAGGUGACUCUUGACUGCCAGGCAACACAGACCCUCAAAACACAUGUCGUGCUGACUUGAAGCUUGUGAAACUGUGCCUGUCCCUUAGAAUUGUCUAGGCUUUGCCUUGGAAUGCUGCCUCCAUAGACAAGACCUCUGCAUCAGGGAUGUGGACUAACACUGCCUUGUGUUCAGAGAUGAGUCCAUGCAAACAAAAUAUUGCUGCCACUCUCUCCUUAAAAGUGGGAUUGGGCUAUUUCUUACAAUGUGUGUGAGGCAAAGAGAGAGGAUAGAAGUUAGAAUAAUGACAAAGAAGUUUGAUUUACAUAUUCAAAUAUCAAGAGAAAAGUUUCUGAAUUUUCCAAAAUAUUAGAUGGAAAAACCCAGAAACUCUUAGUUUUUAGUCCUCAAACCUGUCUAGAGUGCUCACCACAGUUUAAUGUUUGGAAAACAGUGUUCUUCUCAGUUCUUCUUCACACUGGGUCUGAGUUGUCAUCAUCAUUUUCUGCUUCUCACUGGCAGGAAGAUCUAGUAUGUUUAUUCCAGUGAAUACAUUUCUAUGGAGAGAAAGAAUAUGACCUAAUCAGAUCAAAAUUCAUAUUGGUAUCAGACUGCUAUUUGAACCAUUCAUAACAUGCUUGACUAAUCCAUGAAAUGGCAACCCACCCACAGAUUCCCUGGACACUAGAUCAGCAAAAAGUAACAAGUUAGGAAAAUAAUGAAGUCCAGUCAGCUAAGAUGGCUGUUUAGUACAGACACCCAGGUUGAAGGGUCAGGGAAAACCCUGCGGCAGAAAUGUUCAUCUUUCCACAGCUUAACCAAAUACUCAAAUGCCAGUCAGUGAUGUAGCCACAUCUGUCUCAUGGGUGUAACUUCUUGACCCAGUUAGGACUUUGGUGAAUUUUCUAGAUUUAAGACUACUUUCAUAAACUUUUUUUCUAGCAAACCUAGGAGAGGCACUCUUCCCUUAUUUGGAGCAUUAGCCUGGCUUCCCCUGAAAACAUGCUAUGUCAAUCAAAUAGAAUGUGGGCUAAGGGAAAUUGGGUGUGCUCUGUGGAACACACAUAGACAAUGUUACAAGAAAUAUGAAUGUUGACUCUCCUGCACAUCUGUAUGGCUCCAUUUUAGUCAAAAAGAUUCAGUGAGUUUCCCACAACACCCAUGUACAAGACUAAGGCAGACACAACUGUGUUUCCAUCUCUGUUAUGACGCAUCUGGAGACAUUUCUGCGUCUAGCAUGCAAAGCUAGUCUCCUCUCAGAGCUGUUGUCUUUCUGUAGACUCAUGCCCUACCCACCCUUGCUGUCCAGUGGAGGUGAGUGUUGUGUCCAGCCCACUGAGACAAGCCUCCAGAACUCUAGCUGCCAGAAGGCCCAGAAUAUCAACUGGGAGCUUCUGCCCCAGCUUGAGAGCAACUCUCCUAGGGAAGGGUCAGUACUUACCAUGUUGCUGACAGCAGCAAACAGCUCAUGUACAAAGAUGUGUGAGGGUGGCGGUGCCUUAACGAAGCCACCUUUCCACAUCUUUGCUUAUUUUCACUGUUGCCUCUCCAUUCUCAGUGUUAGGUUUUUGCCAUACUGGGAGACUUUCUCUGAGCUGCUUUUAUGCAUAUCGGGGUACCUAGUAGUCUUCCCAACCUUUAACACUGUGAGAAAAAUUAUCCACAAACACUCUCCUGUGAGGACAGAAGCACCUGCCUUCCACCCUAAAGCAUUCAAGAGUUUUGAAAGAAUGAAGAGGAAAAAACACUUCAAGAUUUUACUUUAAAACCAACAGUGAAAACAAAGGAAUGUGGGUCCCUUUGCUUUUUCACUCUAUGAUUGUCUUGAUUUUUCCUAGGAGUUGAUUUUUGGGGGGAAAUAAGGAGAUAUAGUUUCAACUUUAGGGACACCUUGACUCCCUGGGUUCUGCAGGUGGAUUCUUUGACAUCACCCUAAGUAGGGAAAUUUUUUUUUAAAUGACAGACCUGGACCCAACAUGUACAAGCAGCCAAGAGAUGUGGGGUAUAGCCCUUUCUUCCAAAAUUUCAAGAUACAGUCUUAUUUUGGCACAACUUGGUUCAUGGUAGCACCAUAAAAAAUUAAAUAUUGGGAAAUUUCAGGCAGCAUUUAUGUAGAAAAUGCUAAAAUCCUAUGUAGACCUGGCCAAGGCCGAAGCAGUAGGCCAGUCCCCAGCACAUAAAUUUACAAAUCUAGCAUAAUUUUCCCUCCUUUAUUUAAAAAAAGGGCUCUUGUUUUAUCGUUUAAGCUAGUAUCAUUUGUUUAUAUGAAUGGAUAUGGAAAAGGGGUUUAAAAGAAUCAUUCAAAUUUCCUUCCCUUUGAAAGUUUGUUCUUUCAUUUUAAACAAGUGUAUUAUUUGUAGUGUUGAUCCCCAUCCCCUAUUUUAAAAUAAAACAAUGAGCAUAUAGUUGUACAGAUAGGCAGGCAUCUCUCACCUCAAGAAAACUAUCUCACAUAAUAUUGUUUUCAACAGCAAACUCCUUCACAAUAGGGUAGCUGAUCUCAGUAAUGUAAGAUAUGUUAUAGUCAAGGCAUCAAGAGACAGGACUUUGCAGACUGCCACAAAAACAAAGUGCAGUGAUUAUAAAUUUUAUGACAAUUAUCUGCUGGGCACCUCUAUGCAUCAGGCCUGUUGGGGACACAGCACAGUCUCUCCUCUGCACAAAACAUCAUAGCUGAGAGGAAAGAGAAGCUGCAGACAAAAUGAGGCAGGUAUGGUGAGUCCUCUGUCUCUGCCCUUACCCCAUGCCAGGGCUGAUGGCAUCAACUCUGUCUGGAUUGGAACAGUACUUCAAUUGGAGCUCUCUCUAUAUAUAUUUCUUCCUACUGGGUCCUAGGGCCACUGAUAGAGCAUUUAAAGCAUUUGUUGGGACUUAAAAAGACUUUUGACAAACGGAUCAUGGCUGGACAAGGGAAAUAGAACCAAGAAUCUCUUGGAUUUUGGAGGAAGGGUUGUCAUGAAGACAGUUGUCCCUCAAUCUGGCCUAGUGUUCAGCUCCAUGCUCUUGCAUUAGUAGAUGAUAAAAUCAUAACAGACACAGGCACAAGAGAAGGUCUUUCCUGUACCCACCGCCUCUAGAGCACACUUUCAGAGUCCAAUGUUAGAACCGGCCACGCAGAAAGGCAGUAAACAUCCCAGUGUAGGGUUGUACACCUUUAAUCAGAACUCAGGAGGCAAGAGCUAGUGACUAUCUAUGAGCUCAAGGCCAACCUGGUAUACAUAGUAAGU